UUAAUUAACAAAACAAACAAUGCAUAUGAAAAUACCUAUGAUAUUAUCACUUUCACUUGAAGCACCGAAAAGUAAGCUUUAUUUUGAUUAUAUGAAUAUCUGAGGUCAUUCGGUGCGCUGUAAUACGUUCAUUUUGAGGUAACACAUUCAUGAAUUUCUGCAUCUCAACCUGAACAAUAAUCCACCAUAGAAUACGGCCUAUAACACUGAAACGAUGAAUGUUGAAAAGGCUGAAGAGUAUGAACGAACGCUAAUUGUGUCUCAUCUUUCUGACGACUUUGACGAAGAUAAAGUGCGUCAUAUCUUUAAGAGAGGAAAACAUGGUGGCGAAGAAAUUGAGAAAGUGACAUUAUUAUCACGAGACAAGGGGAUGAUUCUUUUAAAAAAUACAGAUGCAAUAGAUCGAAUCCUGAACAAAGAGAAAGAAACAAAGGAUAAGUGUUUGAAAGUUGAACGCGUUUCUGCACAGGACUUAGAUGAACUUCAGAAAAAGUUAAAUAUGAGUCGAAAAGUUUUAAUAUCUGGCUUUCAUAAAGAAAUCAAAAUAAAUACGGUUUACAUUUACUGUCAAAAGAAGAGAAAUGAUGGAGGAAAGGUUGAACAAGUUAAUUUGGAGGGAGGAAAAGCUUUUGUUGUGUUUGAGGAUGUUCAAGUCGCUCAAAAGUUUGCCAACAAAAAGCGACAAUUUCAGGGAAAACAACUUCAAGUCAAUCUUAUAAUAGACGAAAAACCAGGCUGUGUAGUAAAGGUAGAAGGACUUCCAGAUGGAGUAACAGAAUAUACAAUAGCCAUACAUUUUCAAAAGAAGAGAAAUGGAGGAGGUGAAAUAGAAGAGGUUAGGCUAGGACCUGCAAAGAACGAAGCAACCGUAAUUUUUAAAGAAAAUGGAGUUGCAGCUAGUGCUGCAAGCCAGUCACACAAAAUGGAAGGGAAAACGUUAACAGUGAAACUAUAUGACAUUAAAUUUGAUGAAUUAAAUAAAAUUAUGAACCGAAAUAGAAGGAUGAUGACUGCAGAGAUUUGUUAA